AUGAACAACAGCAAAAACCUCAUGGCUGCGCAGGAAACAAUGUCGUCGUCGGAAGAAUCCAAGCAUGAUCCUGAGUCGGGCCGCCCCGUCGAGAAGCAGAGCUUCUUCGCCAAGUACCUGAAGGAGGUGGACGUUAAGCGCGCCUACCUGCCCAUGCUCGCGUGCUGCUUUGUCUCGGGUUUGACUGACGGCACGAUUUACAAUGCCUACGGUACUUUCGUCUCCAUGCAAACAGGAAACACCAUCUUCGUCGCCCUCGGCACCACUGGCUUCAACAACAAACCCUACGGCUGGGCGCGCUCCCUCUGUUCGAUCGGCUUCUUCAUAAUCGGCUCCUUCUGCUUCGCGCGCUUCGCCAUGCUCCUCGGCGGCCGCCGCCGCGGCGUCCUCGGCCUCUCCUUCCUCGGCCAGUCCAUCUUCGUGAUGUUGGCCGCCGCGCUGAUCCAGGGCGGCGUCAUCGACGGAUCCUACCCGUCGCACCGCGCGCCAGGCUCCGUCGACUUCAAGGAGAUCGCCGUCAUCGCGCUGCUCAGCUUCCAGGCGGCCGGCCAGAUCGUGUCGAGCCGCAGCCUGUCCGUCGGCGAGAUCCCGACCGUCGUCGUCACCAGCAUGCUCUGCGACCUCAUGUCCGACCCGGCCCUGCUCGCCUGGGCCAAGAACGACAAGCGCAACCGCAGGUUCAUGGCGUUCGUGCUGACGCUGGUCGGCGCCAUCUGCGGCGGCUGGAUCUCUAAGGCGUCGGGCGCCGUGCAGCCGUCCCUGUGGACUGUCGCGGGAAUCAAGCUGGUCCUGUCGAUCGGUUGGCUCUUCUGGACGGAGAAGUGA